UCCACCAUUUGGUACAGUUGACAUGUAUUUUGCUUUGUGUAUGUAUUUACUAAAUUAAAUAUGAAGUUUGACUAUAUUAUCCAUCUCCAUAACCAGUAUCACAUUCCAUAAAAAAGACCAUUGUAUCAGUUUUCAUUAACACAUUUACUAAACAAAUAAACAAUGGAACUUGAGUCCUAAAUAACUUUGUAAAAGUACAACUGAAAAAGUGUGAAAUUUUCUCUAACUCCUCUUUACAUUUAAAAAAGUCUAUUCCCUUUAAAUACCCUUCUUUAAAUUGUCUAAAGUCAUCGGAUUAUAUCUAUGAAUUAUUUCUGAGACUUUGACUUUAUUAGGAAUUACACAGACUAUUCAUUUAAAUAGCUAGGUAUAUGAACAAAGUUUAUGAAAAAGAAAAAAAAUGGAUAAUCACGUUUCAGCUUCAUGACAGAGUUAGGAAACAAAUAGUGUAGUAUAGCAUGUAAAAAGAAAAAAAAAACUAUAAAAUCAAAGCAACAUAAAAUACACACGUUAUAAAAAUAUAUUAUAUUAUAUUAUAUUAUAUUAUAUUAUAUUAUAUUAUAUUAUAUUAUAUUAUAUUAUAUUAUAUUAUAUUAUAUUAUAUUAUAUUAUAUUCCACACUUGACUGGAUCACAAGCGGCUGCGCGCUCAGCAUCCCUGCGCAUGCUCCUUACUGACCUCCCCCCAAACACCUCACAACAUCCAUCGACUACAACAUCCGUCAGAAUAGACCACAGCAAGCACUGCUGGAAAACCUCUAAAUCAACAUGGAUUGUGUUAAAUUGGAGCUCUCCGAUAUAUUAGAAAAAAUAACAUCAUUAUAACGUAAAGGUUUGUCCUACGUCAGUUUCGGUUGCAGUUACCAGUCUUGCAGUCUUACAAGCUGUUCGUUUUUUAAUGACUAGGCUAUAUAUUAAAAAAGGGCUCUCAAUAAUAGCCUUUAUUUAAUUUGAUAUCAUUUUACCAACUGGCAUAGUUCCAGCAAUGGCAGAUGCGGAGUUGCAAACCUUUACAUCCAUAAUGGACGCUCUCGUGCGCAUCAGCUCCAAUAUGAAGAGCAUUGAGAGAGAGCUGCGCUGUCCAGUGUGUGAGGAGAUGGUGAAGCAGCCGAUAGUGUUGCCUUGUAUGCACAGUGUGUGUGUGCUGUGUGCCGCAGAAGUCUUGGUUCAGAGAGGAUACCCUCCACCCGAACUCCCCCCAGAGCCCAACACUCCCACCUCAAGCCCAAUCACACGCUCUCCCCGACAAACACGCCGGCCUCCGCCCAAAACAGACCGUCUAGACCGGGUGAUCAGAACAGUGUGUGGGACACAUCCAGGACGCAGGCGUAAAGACACCCCUCCUGUGAUCAUGCUGUUCCCCUGUCCCACUUGCGGAAAAGAUGUGGAGCUAGGAGAGAGAGGGCUUACUGACUGUUUGAGAAACCUCACGCUGGAGCGUAUAGUGGAGAGGUACAGGCACACGGUGAGUCUCGGCAGCAUGGCAAUCAUGUGCCAGUUCUGCAAACCUCCUCAGGCUCUGGAGGCCACCAAAGGCUGCGCUGAUUGCAGGUCAAACUUCUGUAACGAGUGCUUCAAGCUGUACCACCCUUGGGGCACACCACGAGCCCAACACGAACACAUCAUGCCCACACACAGCUUCAGACCCAAGGUAUUAGUGUGUGUGGAGCAUGAGCAGGAGAGGUUGCAAUUUUACUGCAGGUCAUGUCAGAAUUUGUUAUGCCCGCUUUGUAAACUCCGUCGAGCCCACAGUGGACACAAGAUCAUGCCUAUUGCGCUGGCUUACCAAACACUAAAGGAGAAGAUCACCAAGGAGAUGAACUAUGUCUUCGCCAAUCAGGAUUCUGUACAGGCCCAGAUCACCCAAGUAGAGAGUGGCAUCGCUCAGACUGAGGUGAACAGCGCAGUGGCUAAGGAGCAGUCCAAUCAGUGCGUGAGUGAAUUGCGCAGUGUGCUGGUGGAGCGUCAGGGGGUCUUAGCCAUGCUGCUGGAGGGAGCUCGUGCACAGCGGGCAGGGGCUCUGAAUGCACAGCUCUCUGAAAAACAGAGUCUAUUGGAGAACGCAGGGCUGCUCACAUACACUCAAGAGCUGCUUAAGGAAACUGACCAGUCAUGCUUUGUGCAGGCUGCCAGAGUCACGCACAACAGACUGGUUAAAGCAAUAGAAAAUCUACACCAUUUCUCUCUAUCUGCUGAUCCCUCGUUCCGACACUUUCAGAUGGACGUCUCCAGAGAACUCAAGGCGCUUAGCAGCAUGGACUUUAUACAAGCCCCAUUGGCUCCUGUGAUUGACACUCAAAAGACCUUGGCGUAUGACCAGCUCUAUUUGUGCUGGCGCCUCCCACAAGACUCUGCCCCUGCCUGGCACUACUCAGUGGAGUAUCUGAGGAAAGUGGGCGGUGCUGGAGCAUUAUGGGGCAGAGUCUUGUCUGAAGGAAGCUCAGGAAGUAAUGGCACACACUGUUCAUGGCAGCGUCUGGAUGAUGUGGGCGGGACCAGUGCAGUGAUUGAUAAGCUAGAGAUGGACAGUGUGUAUAUCCUGAGAGUUCGAGGCUGUAAUAAGGCAGGGUUUGGAGAGUACAGUGAGGAGGUGUAUCUACACACACCUCCUGCACCAGUGUUGUCCUUCUGCCUGGAUUCACGCUGGGGUCUACAUGCGGAGCGGGUGGCACUGGGGAAAGGGCAGACAUAUGCCCGGAGUGUUCCUGGGAUGACCCUGUUGCAGGCUGCUGAUCGGGCUCUUACCUCAUGUGACCUCACCUCUGACCUCCUGGUGGCUGAUGUUUCCAUCACACAGGGACGACACUACUGGGCAUGCACAGUGGAGCCUGGGUCCUACCUGGUUAAGGUGGGAGUGGGUGUUGAAGCAAAACUGCAGGAGUGGUUCCAUCUUCCACAAGACAUGGCAAGUCCACGGUACGAUCCAGAUAGCGGUCAUGACAGUGUCGCAGAGGAUGCUCAGGACUGUCCUCCAUUCUGUUUCCUCACAAUGGGCAUGGGCAAGAUCUUACUGCCCAAGUGUGGGGCGUCUAACACUUCUGCUGGCCCCCUCACUGCCCCUUUACCACCUCGCCUCGGACUGUGUCUGGACUUUGAGAAAGGACGGCUGACUUUUUACGAUGCACACUCCUUGCGAGUGCUGUGGGAGGGGACUGUAGAUUGCUCCGCCCCUGUUUGCCCAGCGUUCUGUUUUAUUGGUGGAGGGGCACUACAGCUGCAAGAGCUAAUAGCCAAUCGCAGUACAGAGCAGAACCCACCUAGAAGAGUGACCAUCCAAACACGUGCCACCGACGCAGAUCACUAAACCGUCUGAACGCUUUGAACCUAGUCAAAUCAGCACCUUUAAGCAAAUCUUCUUUUAUCAUUUUCUAUAGACUUUGUUUACCUGCUUCUUUCGUAGCUAAUUGAUUGAUUGUAUUUUAUAUUAAGAUUUGUUUAAUUUCAGAUAGACCUUAAAAAGCGGUCAUGGAUGCUAACAACGUGUAGCAUGCUAGCAACAUCACUAUUAAAUAAUGAGCAAAAGUGUGUUUUUAUGGCCACAAAAUCAAAGAUUCCAAUUGUGUAUGAUUCAGGUUCACUCAUAACACACUCAUUUUGUAAAAUCAAAUGUUUCCUCGCUAUUUUCUAACUUAAUUUCCAGCAUUGUUAGCAUGUGCACUGCUCACUAUGGGUGUGCUAAUAGUAAACACCUUGAUUUAUUCAUUAACAGUAUAUUGUGCUCUUUACAGGAAUGUUGCAAUUGCCUUGAAAUGUGAUUGCAUUGCUAUUCAAAUCCACUGGAGACAGUUUAUGGCUGUUGUUGGUCAGACAUUUUGUAUUGGCAUCAGUACACGUCCUGUGCAUUGAGACCUCGUCUGUUUGGUUUGUUUAGGCCAAAACAGGGCUGACGGAAGCCUUUAGCAAGCAAAACUAAAAGAACAACCGUGUAAUGAAAAGAACCUGCUUUUGUGAGAUCUCUACAGGUGCCUGCUCUAAUGUUACACAACCGACUUUCCCAUUUGAAUGCCCAAAAUAAUAAUCUCCAAAACAAAACCGUCUGAUACACCUCAUACUACUUUUAGCCUUUUUUCAUAAUCAUGACUGUUAUGGUCAUGCGUUAUUUUUAUUUUAUUUUAUUUUUUGUGGAUUGGGUACAGUGAGAACAAAUUAGUGGGUGAAGUUUAACUUCAGAACUGGAUGCUGCUUAUGACCGUGCAACUGUCAGUCAUUAGUGUGUGUGUGUGUGUGUGUGUUGUUAAAAGGAAAUUUUGAAUUGUAUACUGAAUGUCAGUUGCAUUUAGAGAGAGAGAGAGAGAGAGAGUGUGUGUGUGUGUGUUUGAUAUGUUAUUGCAAUAAAGACGGUUGCUGAAA